GCAUUUCGGUUGCAUUCCUGCUGCUGCCUGGGACUAUGAUUUAUCAAUGCUCGCAGCUUUGUUCUCAUGACACACUUGCACUCAUUCAGUCUCAUCCAAACAGGAGCGAGCGGUGAUUUGUCUUUAACUUUCUUGCAUCUUCGACGAUUCCAGCUGCAGCAGGUACUUUCUGCACUUGAGCGGCGGUCCUGCUGUGUGUAGGUGUUGAAGCAGCCAUGUGGAGCAGAGAGAGCGCUCCUCUACUCCUCGUCUGCCUGCUGGCGCUCACAGCUCUCUGGAAAACCAGGUCAGUGAAUGCCGAUGCCGCAUCUGAUGCCUUUAAAACCAACAUCACGUUGUUCACACGGAUCCUGGACAGCCUGCUGGAUGGAUAUGACAACCGUCUACGACCAGGUCUCGGGGACAGGAUAACUGAGGUGAAGACAAACAUCUACGUCACCAGCUUUGGACCAGUUUCAGACACAGACAUGGAGUACACCAUAGACGUUUUCUUCCGGCAAAGCUGGAAGGAUGAGAGGUUGAAAUUUCAUGGACCCAUGAAUAUUUUGCCUCUCAACAACCUGAUGGCAAGUAAAAUCUGGACUCCAGACACCUUCUUCCACAAUGGAAAAAAGUCUGUGGCUCAUAACAUGACCAUGCCGAAUAAACUGCUGAGGAUCAAAGAUGAUGGGACGCUGCUGUACACCAUGAGGUUAACUGUGCAUGCAGAGUGCCCAAUGCAUCUGGAGGAUUUCCCCAUGGACUUUCAUUCCUGUCCGCUAAAAUUUGGCAGCUAUGCCUACACAAUCUCUGAAGUGACUUACGCUUGGACUCGAAAUGCCUCUGACUCUGUGGUGGUGGAAGGAGAAAGCUCCCGUCUGAACCAGUAUGACCUGCUUGGACAAACGGUCGGACAGGAGACGAUCAAAUCAAGUACAGGUGAAUACACGGUGAUGACGGCUCAUUUCCAUCUGAAGAGGAAGAUUGGUUACUUUGUCAUCCAGACGUACCUCCCGUGCAUCAUGACCGUCAUUCUUUCCCAAGUGUCGUUCUGGCUGAAUAGAGAAUCAGUGCCGGCUCGGACUGUGUUCGGUGUAACCACCGUCCUCACCAUGACAACACUGAGUAUCAGUGCGAGGAACUCUCUUCCCAAGGUAGCCUACGCCACUGCCAUGGACUGGUUCAUCGCCGUCUGCUACGCCUUCGUCUUCUCCGCUUUGAUUGAGUUUGCCACUGUCAAUUACUUCACAAAGCGUGGCUGGGCUUGGGAUGGAAAGAGUGUUGUGACUGACAAGAAAAAAGAAAGGGCGUCUGUCGUCAAGAAGAAUAACGCCUACGCUGUAGCAGUGGCCAACUACGCGCCCAACAUCACCAAGGACUCCAGCACACUCCCAACUAUUGCCAAAGGUGGCGCUUCGGAUCCUAACAAGCCCAAAGCAGACGGCAAAGCCCAGGACAGCAAGAAGACAUUCAACAGCGUCAGCAAAAUUGACAGGAUGUCAAGGAUUUUGUUUCCGGUUCUCUUUGGCAGCUUCAACCUUGUCUACUGGGCAACCUACCUAAACAGAGAACCUGUUAUAAAGGACAUGGUCCCCUCUAAUUAGAGACCAGUUUUUAUCGGGUUCUGGUCUGGGGACUAAGAGACGAACCAAAUACCUCCAGCAACUGUGUACACAUACCUUUGCAGAGUUGAAGUCCUGGAUUGCAGUGUGAUCCUCUAUCUCCGCCUGUUUUCUACACCGUCUGCAGCACUUUUGAAAAGCCCGGCUUUUGUAAAUGUGUAUGUAUAUUUAUAUUCAUGGUUUCAUGGUGACAUAUUGUGUGAUUACUUCGAUUAGAGUGCAUAUUUCCUUGAAAGUAUGUUUCCAGUUACAGUAUGUGGCCACUGUACAUACAAAUCAAAUGAAGAGUAAACACAUGAACACAUGCAUUUUAUUUAAGAUUUCUUCUAAAUGUGUUGAAUUUUGCUGGUAAUGCCCACUCUUGAUAUUACGGUAUAUAUUUUUGUUUUGAGUGAAAGGGACUGAUUUUAUCAUAUUUUUAACUGUCUUUGCCAUCUAAGACUGGCCUGAUUUUUUUUUCUCCUGUCCAAGCCGAUGCAAAAACACACUUGUAAAAUAUUGUUACCAUGUAAAAGUUGUUUAUUAUCUGUGACUGCAGGUAUGGGGCUGCAAUCAAACACUGACCUCCAGAAUUACUGACACACUCUGAGCCAAAAGGUGGUAAAAAAUACAGCAGAAACUGCAUCAUUAGUGUGCUUGUGCAUGUAAUACUGUUUAGUGCUGCCGAUUUCAAGUUUACACUGGAACCAUUUGGAAAUACAGGAAAAUAUAUAUAUGAAAAAUAACAAGAACACAUUAAAU